CUUAGGGCUUCGCUAGCAACAACUCUUGGUGCUGAGGAGGGUGUAGCUGCUUCUGGAGCCUGGAAGGCCUGAAGUGAGACCUGGGCGAGAGGGCGGGACCGGAACUCGAGCCGCGGCUUUGUGCGUCGGCGGCGGAGGUCAUAUUGGAUUGCCCACAUCCAUCCUGCUGUAACCACAGUCUGGGUCUGUGCAAUUGAAGAUGAUGAGAGAUUUGGUCAUUCUCACUGAUCCCGCUCAGAUGUUUGUGUGAGAUGAACAGAGGGGGAGCAGUCAUUCUGGGAGCUGUGACAGUGGAGUCUCAUCUGUCUUUGGUCUCUCCUGGCUCUGUCAUUUUCCACAAGAGGAGCCCAGCAGAGGUCCUUUUCUACAAAUAUCAAAGCCAUGGCUCAGGAGGCAGUGGUGUUCAGUGAUGUAUCGAUAGAUUUCUCUCAAGAGGAGUGGGAAUACCUGAGUGAUGAUCAGAGAACUUUAUACAGAAAUGUGAUGCUGGAGAAUUACAGCAACCUGGUUUCAAUGGUAGGAUAUUCUGUUUCCAAACCAAAUGUGAUCUCCUGCUUGGAGCAAGGGAAGGAGCCCUGGUUGGUUAGCAGAGAGCUAAGAAGAAGUCAGUGGCCAGAAUCAAGCCGUGAGACUAAGAAAUUCUUUCUGAAGAAGGAAAUGUGUGAAAUCAAGUCAGCCCAGUGGGAGAUAAUGCAGAGACUCACCAGGCGUGACCUUCAGUGUCCUGGGCUCAGAGGUGAUUGGGAAUGUGAUGACCAGUUUGGGAAACUACAUGGCUCUCAGAAGAGACGUUCCAGUCAACUGAUAAUCACUCAGGAAGACCUGUCCCCUUUCAGUAAGCAUCCAUCUUUUACAUUGCAACAAAUCAUUAAUAGUAAAGAGAAAUACUGUAGAACUAAAGAAUACAGGAAAACUGUUAGACCUGGCUCACAACUUACUGCUCAUCAGAUACUUCAUACCAUUGAGAAGCCCUAUGAAUGUAAGGACUGUGGAAAGGCCUUCAGACAUCCCUCGAGACUCACUCAUCAUCAGAAAAUUCAUACUGGCAAGAAACCCUUUGAAUGUAAGGAUUGUGGGAAAACCUUUAUUUGUGGCUCUGACCUUACACGACAUCACAGAAUUCACACUGGUGAGAAACCCUAUGAAUGUAAGGAAUGUGGAAAAGCCUUUAGUAGUGGUUCAAACUUUACCCGGCAUCAGAGAAUUCACACUGGUGAGAAGCCUUACGAAUGUAAAGAAUGUGGGAAGGCCUUUAGUAGUGGCUCAAACUUUACUCAACAUCAAAGAAUUCAUACUGGCGAGAAACCCUAUGAAUGCAAGGAGUGUGGAAAUGCCUUUAGUCAGAGCUCACAACUUAUUAAACAUCAAAGAAUCCACACAGGUGAGAAACCGUACGAAUGUAAGGAAUGUGAAAAGGCUUUUCGUUCCGGUUCAGACCUUACUAGACACCAGAGAAUUCACACUGGUGAGAAGCCCUAUGAGUGUAAGAUAUGUGGAAAAGCCUAUUCUCAGAGUUCGCAGCUUAUUAGUCAUCAUAGAAUUCAUACUGGUGAGAAAUCCUAUGAAUAUAGGGAAUGUGGAAAGAACUUUAACUAUGGCUCACAACUUAUUCAGCAUCAAAAUUUGUACUGGUGAUAAGCCAGAGUAUAUGAAACGUGGGAAAGCUGUUAAUAUGGCUCAAAACUGUUCAUCAGAGAAUUUAUCUUGUUAAAAAUAGGAACAUUUUAUGUGUUAACUACAGCUUAUGAAGCCCAAGAAGAACCAUGUAGAAAAACAUCCUAUGAAUAAAGGAAAUUUCUGAAGCCAAAAACUCCUGUUUCUCUUGACAUCAGGUUCUUCAGUCUAGUAAAAGACAGCACUUCAAACAUCUUUAUAACCUUAAACAUCAGAGAAUCAUCUGGAAAUGUAAUCAUGUGUUUGUUUGUUUGUUUUAAAGAUUUAUUUAUUUAUUUAUUUAUUUAUUUGAAAAUCAGAGUUACAUAGAGAGAAGAGAGGCAGAAAGAGGGAGAGAGGUCUUCCCAUUUGCUGGUUCACUCCCUGAUUGGCCGCGACAGCCGGAGCUGCACCGGUCAGGAGCCAGGAGACAGGAGCUUCUUCCAGGUCUCCCACAUGGGUGCAGGGGCCCAAGGACUUGGGCCAUCUUCCACCGCCUUCCCAGGCCGUAGCAGAGAGCUGGGUUGGAAGUGGAGCAGCUGGUACUUGAACCGGCGCUCACAUGGGAUGCAGGCACUGCAGGCGGUGGCUUUACCAGUUACCCCACAGUGCCAGCCCCAAUCAUGUGAUUUUAAUUUUCUUUUUCUCCAUAUGUUGUCUAUAAUUGUUAUAUGCUUAAUAUUUUAAUCUAAAUUUUAUGUGACUAUAGAGAUCAUCUGUUUACAUCAUGGUUUGUUUAAUACCUGCAAGAAGUAUACCCUUUUUUAUUUUUAAAGAUUUGCUCUUUAUAAUUUUAACGUUUUCAUAUAUGUAUAUGAACAACUGUCCACUCAGUAAACAGAUCCUUUAAUAUCUUCAAGCUGUUUCAUUGUACCACCAUGAUAUACUUUUUUCGAAUCCCUAUUGAUAAACACUGAAGUUUCCUCCAGUAUUUUGCCAUAAUACAUUCCAAUAGCUUCUCGGCCUGUUGGCUAAGAUCAAGUGGGGUAUCUGUUCUUAUCAGUUUAAUAAUACAUGCCAAGUAAUAAUUACACGUCCUUGAUAGUUGUUCUCCCCAGGCACAUCUUCGCAUCAUGUCUUCUGCUUAAAUUACAAAAAUAAU